AUGAAUGGAGUCGACUACAAGCGCUUCGUGCGCUACUUCUACGAUCCUCCUCCCAGAUACGAUGAUAUGUCAGGUGCAUCAGUAUGGCUACUAGGGAAAGAGUACACUUGUUUUCCGCAAAAGUCGGUGACCACGACGGACCAUGACGAUGUGGUUGAAGUCGAGUCGUCGACGGACUCGCGUGACCCUUCGGACAUCAGUCUCCCCACGACGGUAGAUACACAACAACAAACCCAUGCGGUCCAAAGUACAAGUAGCUUUGACGAUGCGCAACACGUUACAGGAGAGAACCUCCCUUCGCUUUCCAAUGAUCCCUCCGACGGCGGCUGGCCCCAUGCAUUCCUCGACGACUUCGAAUCGCGAAUAUGGAUGACAUACAGAUCGAAUUUCACACCGAUACCACGUUCGCAGGAGCCAUCCCGUGCUUCGUCCAUGUCUUUCUCUGUCCGCCUCCGCAAUCUAACAGAGCGAGAGGGUUUCACCAGCGACACCGGCUGGGGGUGCAUGAUCCGAUCAGGACAAUCUCUCCUGGCAAACACAUUGAUGCUGCUCCAUCUAGGUCGCGACUGGCGACGGGACCACACCCAUACUCCUACCACUUCGGACAGCAAGCCCUCUUCAUCUUCAUCUUCCACAAAGCGUGAAGCAGAAAUCCUCUCUCUUUUUGCCGACUCCCCUGAUGCUCCCUUCUCGAUCCACCGCUUCGUCCAGCAUGGCGCGUCUGCUUGCGGAAAGCACCCAGGCCAAUGGUUUGGUCCAUCGGCAACUGCAUCGUGUAUUAGGGAACUGUCCACCGAAUGCGCGGCAGCAGGACUGCGCGUAUACGUGACGCCCUCGGCCUCGGAACUAUACGAAGACCGCUUUCGAUCCAUCGCGGCAGCCAGCCCUUCAGACCCUACAAUCAAGCCUACGUUGAUUCUUUUUGGAAUCCGACUUGGUCUCGACAGAAUCACACCCGUUUACCAUGAGGCAUUGAAGAGCUCUCUCACUUACCCGCAAUCCAUUGGAAUAGCAGGAGGCCGUCCUUCGUCAUCUCACUACUUCGUCGGCUGUCAGGGUGAUUUGUUCUUCUACCUCGAUCCCCACGAGACACGCCCAGCUCUGCCACAUCAUGCUUCGCCCGCAGACUACUCGGAAGAAGAGAUCGCGACCUGUCAUACACGCCGAUUACGCGGAUUGCGAAUCAACGAGAUGGAUCCCAGCAUGCUGAUUGGAUUUCUGAUUAAAGACGAAGCAGAUUGGGAAGACUGGAAGCGCAGAAUCAAAGAGGUCAAGGGCAAGGCCAUCGUCCAUGUUUAUGACCGGGAACCACCGGUUCCAGGCGAGACUAAGGAGCGCAAGGAGGCCGUUGAUGAAGUCGAGACUUUUGACGACGACGAUGAUGAGGAAGACGAAACCGUAACGGUGACGGGAAACGAGGGCGAGCAUGAAGGUCAAAGCUAG